AUCCUCGGUGCAGGAGAACACGAUUCCUCCAAACCACAACUAGUGGCUCAUUUGUUCUUCUCCCACGACUGCAAAAGGCAUGCUUUUUACUCAAGAUUCGCUCGGAGUUAUAAAUCCAAUCGACCCACGUUCUCUUGGCAUUCUGCAACUGAAGUUGUUUAUGCAAACAUGGAGUACCCAAACCACCAAUCAGAGUGUCGCAAAACCAGCGAAAACCCAUCGGUGGUGAGCACCGACCUUGCCCCCGCAUCAUCAAGUUUUCCGACCAGUGCUCUCAGCAAACUGAAGGACAACCUUGCUUUCAGAGGCUCCAAAUGGUCGGAACUGAAUGGAGCCAUGGGAGACUUGGGAACAUAUAUUCCUUUAGCAAUCUCCAUGACACUAGCCAAUAACCUUAACCUUGGUGUAACGCUUAUAUUCACCGGUGUCUACAACAUUAUCACAGGUGUGAUCUAUGGUGUUCCUAUGCCCGUCCAACCCAUGAAGUCCAUCGCCGCCGCUGCUAUCUCGGAUAGCAAAAACUUUGGCGUCCCGGAGAUCAUGGCUGCCGGAAUCUGCACGUCGGCAAUACUUUUCUUAUUGGGAGUAACUGGGUUGAUGGGACUUGUGUAUAGGCUCAUUCCUCUACCUGUUGUUAGGGGAAUUCAGCUCUCACAGGGGCUGUCGUUUGCCUUCACUGCAGUUAAGUACGUUCGAAAUGUUCAACAGCUUUCCAAGGGAAAGUCUAGCGGGACUAGGCCAUGGUUAGGAUUGGAUGGUCUGGUUUUGGCUAUUGUUUGUGCUUGCUUUAUCGUGAUUGUUAGUGGUGCAGGUGGGGAGGAGGAGACAGAAAGAGAAGGAGAAGAUGCAGUUGGUGGUGAUGGGUUGCCUGGAGAAUCAAGGCCACGAACUCCAAGCCCAAGGAGACGAUUAUGGGGAAUUUUAGUAUCUCUACCUUCAGCCAUGAUUGUUUUUCUAUUGGGUGUGGUCUUGGCCAUCAUAAGGAGGCCUAGAGUGAUCAAAGAGAUUGAAUUCGGGCCAUCUGAUAUACAUGUUGUGAAGAUGUCCAGGCAUGCCUGGAAGGAAGGAUUCAUUAAAGGUACAAUUCCUCAGUUACCACUUUCCAUGUUGAAUUCAGUGAUCGCAGUCUGUAAGAUGUCGUCGGAUCUCUUCCCGGGGAAGCACUUCUCAGCCACUUCAGUCUCGGUGAGCGUGGGGUUGAUGAACUUGGUUGGGUGCUGGUUUGGAGCCAUGCCAUGCUGCCAUGGUGCAGGUGGGCUUGCUGGACAGUAUAAGUUUGGGGGAAGGAGCGGUGGGUGUGUGGCAAUUCUAGGGGCGGCCAAAUUGGUGUUGGGCCUUGUGCUUGGGACGUCUUUGGUGAAGCUGUUGGCUCAAUUUCCUGUGGGAUUGUUAGGGGUGCUCCUUCUAUUUGCAGGGAUCGAGCUGGCCAUGGCUUCCAGAGACAUGGGUUCCAAAGAGGAGUCCUUCGUGAUGCUUGUGUGCACUGCAGUAUCGCUUGUAGGAUCUAGUGCUGCACUUGGGUUUCUGUGUGGGGUUGUUGUUUGCGUGCUUCUUCGUCUUAGAAGCCUGACUAAAGAUCCGUCGCUUCUGAGAAAAUGGAUGCAUAGAAUUAGAACCCCAUGAAGUUGGACGUACCCCAGAUUUCUCUUCUUAAAGGCCUGAUUUUCCAGGUUCUGUGUCCAAAUUAAUGGGGCGACCUUCUUAAUAAAGUGUCUUAUUAAUCUUAUUAAGAUCUAGUUCAAUCACUGUUGAACUCGAUUAACUAUAGUGGAAGGUUGUUUUGCUUUUACAUUUAAAUCUGAAUAAAGAGCUGUAAGCCAAGAGUUCAAUCACUGUUGAACUCAUAAGCCCUACUGGGAGGUCAAUAAUAUAUUUGAGACAGUGUCUGAUUAUUUCCCUUGUUAGCUCAUAUGUUAAAUAAAUGGACGUAGAGGAUAUUUGGCA